AUGGCAACUACUACGCAGUGGCGAAAAAUUCUCUAUGAAAAACAAGACUAUGCAGAUAAUUAUGUGGAUGCAUCAUUUUUGAAUGAACUCAGAAAGAAUCUAUUUGUUCGAGCUUAUGAUUACCAGACUCUUGUUGUGGAGUCGACAUGCAUCACUCAGCAGUUCACCAGCAUUGCACUGUUCAUCGCAAUGUUCUUCUGCAUGGAAGACCACUCAGUCUCCCCUCAAGCAUUCUGGGUACUUGCCUCACUACUGACGAUAUGCGGCUACACAAGCAACAUGAUGAUGCUGAAGUUCCAGGGUUCAGAGGUUACAAUUGAAUUAUUUUUGAGACAUCUGAAAACCUGUUUGCUGUUCCAAGGAUUCAGUGCUGCCUUAUCUCCAUUGCUGGUGUCUCUGACAGAGACCAUCAGUACAGACACCAUCUAUGCCAUGACCACAGUCAUGCUGUUGGCCAACCUCCUGUUUUAUAACUACCAGUCCAGCGAGGAAAGUGUGCCAGGAGCUUUAUCUCUGAAUGCAGCUGUGUUUGCCUCUGUGUGUUUGGCUUCCAGAUUACACACUCCCUGGCACGCUUUCACCACAGUCACCACUUCCUUUGAGCUGUUUGCCCUGUGGCCAUUAUUCAGAAGAAAUUUAAAGACAUGGAACCAGACUACUCAUGUCAUAUUCAGCCUGAUACUGACGUGUGUAUGUAUUAUAUGUCUGGGCUCAAAGACCUUUGUUGGAGCUGUACUGUACACUCUAGUUGUUCUUUUCGUCACAUGCGUCUGCCCAGCUUGGCUAUACAGAUUACAACCACAUAAAAACAACAUAUAUGGACCCUGGGAUGAGGCAACACCCACCUGA